AUGGCAGUGUUUACUCUGAACUCCGACAACCAAUUCAUCACACCAUCACUCUCUCUUCAAGGCCACGUCACGGUGAUGGAGUAUUCCGUCGACCCGUACGCUUUCGACAGGAUCCGACCCGCCCCACUCCCCGGCCACUGCACCCUCCGAGCCGUCGUCGGCCCACGUCGUCCGUACAAGAAGCUACAAGUUCACGUCGGCGGCGUCACGUUCGAGAAUCAGAAACUCGCCGACCUAGCAAACGAUUUGUCCUUCAAAGCAGCAGACGGCAGUAGUACGAUCCUCCAUCGCUUGUCCGUCAACCGUUUCGGCAUGUGUUUCUUCACGGACGUCGACCACGCGGCGUUCGGCAUGCUGGCCAUGAACGAUUACUUUGGCUGGUCCAAAUACGGCGUCGUUGUUCCACGUGACGUCGUCGUUGCCAGUAAUGCCUCCAACGUACGGAAUAGGUACGAGCUGUACGGUGGAGCGGUGGUGGUCGACGUUAGGGGAGCGAUGAGGUCCGCCGAGGAAGGUGAGGAGUUGGGGCGGAGGUUGGAGGAGAGGAGGAAAGAGGUGAGGAAGGGGAAGUUGGAGGUGGAGAAGUGCAAGAAGGAAGUGGAGAGGAGGAAUGAGGUGGUGAGGAGGAACGAGGAGGUGGAGUCGCGGUGGCGGGAGUUUGUUGAAGAGAAGGAGAGGGAGGCGGAGACGGUGAGAGAUCGACUCGUUGCUUUAAAGAUGGCCGUUAAGUCCUUAGUCGGUCCUCAUGGCGACGAGGAAUAA